CGCUCUUGCCAGGGCCCCUGCUGCUGCUGCUGUCGCCUGCGCCUGCUGCCCCAACUCGGCGCCCGACUUCUUCAUGGUGUGCGGAGGUCAUGUUCGCUCCUUAGCCGGCCAACGACUUUUCUCCUCGCCUCCUCGCCCCGCAUGUUCAGGACCAAACGAUCUGCGCUCGUCCGGCGUCUCUGGAGGAGCCGUGCGCCCGGCGGCGAGGACGAGGAGGAGGGCGCGGGGGGAGGCGGAGGAGGCGGCGAGCUGCGGGGAGAAGGGGCGACGGACGGCCGGGCGCAUGGGGCCGGCGGCGGCGGCGGCGCAGGCAGGGCUGUCUGCUGCCUGGGCAAGGCGGUGCGAGGUGCCAAAGGUCAGCACCAUCCCCACCCCCCAGCCGCGGGCGCCGGCGCGGCCGGGGGAGGCGAGGCGGAUCUGAAAGCGCUCACGCACUCGGUGCUCAAGAAACUGAAGGAACGGCAGCUGGAGCUACUGCUCCAGGCCGUGGAGUCCCGCGGCGGUACGCGCACCGCCUGCCUCCUGUUGCCCGGCCGCCUGGACUGCAGGCUGGGCCUGGGGGCUCCCGGCGGCCCGCAGCCCGCGCAGCCGCCCGCCGCCUACUCGCUCCCCCUCCUACUGUGCAAAGUGUUCAGGUGGCCGGAUCUCAGGCAUUCCUCGGAAGUCAAGAGGCUGUGUUGCUGUGAAUCUUACGGGAAGAUCAACCCCGAGCUGGUGUGCUGCAACCCCCAUCACCUUAGCCGACUCUGCGAACUGGAGUCUCCCCCUCCUCCUUACUCCAGAUACCCGAUGGAUUUUCUCAAACCAACUGCAGACUGUCCAGAUGCUGUGCCUUCCUCCGCUGAAACAGGGGGAACGAAUUAUCUGGCCCCUGGGGGGCUUUCAGAUUCCCAACUUCUUCUGGAGCCUGGGGAUCGGUCACACUGGUGCGUGGUGGCAUACUGGGAGGAGAAGACGAGAGUGGGGAGGCUCUACUGUGUCCAGGAGCCCUCCCUGGACAUCUUCUAUGAUCUACCUCAGGGGAAUGGCUUUUGCCUCGGACAGCUCAAUUCGGACAACAAGAGUCAGCUGGUGCAGAAAGUACGGAGCAAAAUCGGCUGUGGCAUCCAGCUCACGCGGGAAGUGGACGGCGUGUGGGUGUACAACCGCAGCAGUUACCCCAUCUUCAUCAAGUCGGCCACACUGGACAAUCCGGACUCCAGGACGCUGUUGGUACACAAAGUGUUCCCCGGUUUCUCCAUCAAGGCUUUUGACUACGAGAAGGCGUACAGCCUGCAGCGGCCCAACGACCAUGAGUUCAUGCAGCAGCCGUGGACUGGCUUCACCGUGCAGAUCAGCUUCGUGAAGGGCUGGGGCCAGUGCUAUACUCGCCAGUUCAUUAGCAGCUGCCCGUGCUGGCUGGAGGUCAUCUUCAACAGCCGGUAGCCACGUGGGGAGAGGACAGAGCGGGAGCCGAGCGGGCCCAGUCCAAACUACUUUGCUGCUAAUAUUUCCCUCCUGAGUGCUUGCUUUUCAUGCAAACUCUUUGGUCAUUAUUUCCCACCCCCCCACUGCCCACCCUCCUUCUCGUCGUCCUUGUUUAUGUUCUGUUUUGUUCUUUGAGAAAUAGCUUAUGAAAAGAAUUGUUGGGGUUUGGAGGUGGGGGAGAGUGGUAUGGUUGGCAGAACACUUCGAUACAAAAAAGGGGAAGCAAAAAAUCAGUACCACCGAACACCAUGUAAAUGGGGAGCAGGCCCCACCUUUGGGGUCAUCACUGCCCUUGUCGUGUGUGUGUGUGUGUGUGUGUGUGUGCGCGCGCGCGCACACGCGCACGUGAGUGCAUGCGUGUGUGUAUGUAGACAAGGGGAAGUGGUGUGCUGUGUUUCCCGCUGAGAGGUUUGUGUCUCCUUUGCCCUUUGGACACGCUCAGUGGGGCAGCGGGUGCCCCAGCAGAAGGCUUUGUCCCCAGAGUCUGGGGAAGCCCCCACCCCGUCUCGCCCCUUCUCGGACGUUGGCUUGUCCGCAGGCUUCUCCGAAGUCGCCCCGCCAGAGGCCGGACCAGAACCCGUUUCCCCAUGCUGCCCCGCUCCCCUCUGGCCACCCCACUGCCAUCAUCAUAGCUGUCUGUCUUGGCCAUUUGCUCCUGGACGUCUCUGAGAUGGGCUUCCCAAGGGCUGCCGGGGCAGCCCCGUCACAGUAUUGCUCACCCAAGCGCCCUCUCAGGCCCCUCCGCCUCUCCCCUGCCCUGGUUACAUCAGGUUUUUCCUGGACUCACAAAGCCAGCUCAGCACUUUCCUCCCCUCCGAAGCCUGUGUGUUGAGCUCUGCUGUUAGACCAGCGAGGGGAGCAGCCCCCCACCCCCCACCCCUUCCCACCAAGAAGGAUUCGGUCCAUCUUAACCCAAGGUACCAUCCUGAGCUGACACCUAACCCUUUUCAUUUCUUCUACAACUCAUACACUCGUAUGAUACGUUGACACUGCUCUUAGCUCAAUGAGCAUGUUUAGACUUUAACAUAAGCUAUUUUUCUAACUACAAAGGUUUAAAUGAACAAGAGAAGCAUUCUCAUUGGAAAUUUAGCAUUGUAGUGCUUUGAGAGAGAAAGGACUCCUGAAAAAAAACAAAACCUGAGAUUUAUUAAAGAAAAAAUGUAUUUUAUGUUAUAUAUAAAUAUAUUAUUACUUGUAAAUAUAAAGACGUUUUAUAAGCAUCAUUAUUUAUGUAUUGUGCAAUGUGUAUAAACAAAAUAAAGAAAAGAUGCACUUUGCUUUAAUAUAAAUGCAAAUAACAAAUGCCAAAUUAAAAAAGAUAAACACAAGAUUGGUGUUUUUUUCUAUGGGUGUUAUCACCUGGCUGAAUGUUUUUCUAAAGGAGUUUAUGUUCCAUUAAACAAUUUUUAAAAUGUA